GAAACCAUGGCCCUGCGGCGACCGCUCCGUAGCGUCAUCGGAACGUCUCUCAUCGUCUGGCGGUUGCUAUUGGUGACGGUUCUGCUCUGUGGAUUACCCAGACCGGUUACCGGCUACUUCGAUCUCUUUCUCAACCACUCGGAAGUGAUCAAACUGAUGGGUAUCGAGGCUGAUCUUUUUUACGUUCGCGAUGGUGCUGUCAAUGAUUACGCCAUGAGUUUCGUAGUACCAAUGAAGCCAGGCAUUGAUUUUUUACGAUUUUCAUGGCAAAGCCGCACGGCAUAUCCGCUUCCUUACACGAUAUCGGUUCACUACGAUGACAACGAAGGGGCGGUACAGCAUCCGGAGCUCGACAUUCCGACCAGCGGCAUCAUACCGCGAACGGUCGAAAGCUUCACCGUGCAUCUGGUCUGCUGGGGGAAUGUCACCAAGGAGGUACCGGUCGGUAUUCAUCUGCACGUCGAGGGACCACCGAAGCAUAAUGACACCAAAUUAAUUAUCAAGCGGAACAAAAUUUGCAUCAAAGGUAUGCAUCCGGCAAGGAAUCGUUUACCGGCAGCCGAAAUAGCACCACAGCAAGGACCAGCCCUACUGGGUGCGGCCGCCUGUGCGCUGGGCCUUGUGCUGGUCGUGGGACUCAUCGCCAGUGCAAUGUACGUUCGUGCACGGAAGCAAAUUCGGCAGGAUUCGUUGCACACCAGCUUCACCACUGCAGCAUACGGUAGCCAUCAGAAUGUUUUCAUCCGGUUGGAUCCCUUGGGACGCCCGCCUAGUGCUAACAGUGGUUCCUACGCAACGAUAGCGAGCCUCAACAAAUAUCCCAUCAGCGAAUCGAAAAAGUCGUGGUUUCGCAGCACCCCUUCGCCAUCGCCGUACGCGACGGCACUGCUGCCCUUGGGGCAAAACGGAACCGCAACGGGGACGGAAUCGGUCUACGCCAAGCCAGAAUCGGUCUGUCCAUCCCGGGUGUCCUACUACGCUUCAUCCCAGCUAACUCAGGUCUACAGCCUAUCGACGCCGGCUCGGAGCAUCCACAGCAACAGCUCGAACCCGAAGGACAAGCUGCGACGGAUUGCCGUGUCCCCGGGCACCAUCAUCUGCCAGCAGCUCGUCCAGGAGGGCACGUACGGGCGUAUCUACAGCGGCAUCCUACAUCAUCCGCUGGGCGAAACGCGUGACGUGCUGAUCAAAACGGUGGUCGACGGUGCCUCGCUAAGCCAGGUGGCUUAUCUACUGUCGGAAGGGUCCACCCUGUGUGGCAUCUCUCACCCGAACAUCCUGUUCCCGGUGGCAGCAGUAACCGAGCUAUCGGGGCCACCAAAAGUCGCCUAUCCAUUGGCGGCCAAGGGAAACCUCAAACUAUACCUGCAAAGCUGCCGGGAGAUCGGAAUACAAAAUUCGCAGCUCAGCACCCGACAGCUGGUGGAGUUCGGUCUGCAAGUAGCCCGUGGCAUCUCGCACCUACACUCGCUCGGUGUACUGCACAAGGACAUCGCGACCAGGAACUGUGUCCUAGACGUGGAGCUGAACGUUCGUGUUUGUGAUAAUGCUCUGUCGCGUGACGUCUUCCCGAGCGACUACCACUGUCUAGGGGACAACGAGAACCGGCCCGUCAAAUGGAUGGCACUGGAAACGCUCGAGAAGAAGUUCUUCACCGCAUCCAGCGACAUCUGGAGCUUGGGGGUGCUGCUCUGGGAGCUGGCAACGCUAGCCGCGAUGCCGUUCGAGGAGGUGGACUGUUUCGAAUUAUCGGCUUACCUACGGGAUGGCUAUCGGUUAGCACAACCGGUCAACUGUCCGGAUGAAUUCUACACGGUAAUGUCCUGUUGCUGGCUCGCGGACUACAAGCAGCGUCCAUCGUUCCCCCAGCUAAUUGCCUAUUUGCACGAUUUUCAUGACGACCUGGGCAAGUACAUCUAA